AUGUCUGCGAACGACGGCAAAGUCUUUACACUGCCCUAUAGAAGUAAAUUGACUGAAAAAAUCGAACCCGGUCAAACGUUAAUUAUCAAAGGGAAUAGUGGAAAGGAUGCUAAAAAGUUAUUCACGGUAAAUCUGCAUAGAGAUACACCAGAUUUCAGUGGAAACGAUGUGCCAUUGCAUCUGAGUAUUCGUUUUAAUGAGGGAAAGAUUGUUUUCAAUAGUUUCACGAAGGGUGCUUGGGGUAAGGAGGAACGUCAGAAGAUACCAUUCAAGAAGGGAAAACCUUUCGAUGUGCGCAUCAGAGCUCAUGACAACAAGUUUACUGUGUUCGCUGACCGGAAACAAAUCAAAGAGUACGAACAUCGUGUACCAUUGCAAUGGGUAACUCACUUGUCGAUUGACGGUGAUGCGCAAAUAAAUCACGUGCAGUGGGGUGGCAAAUACUAUGUUUGUUGUUAUUUUUAUUAUUUUUAUUAUAUUUUUUAUUAUUUAUUAUUAUAUAUUAUUUAUUAUUAUAUAUUAUUUAUUAUUAUAUAUGAUAUGAUAAUAAUUAUUGUUAUUGUAGCCAAGUCCGUAUGA